AAUUACUUUAAGAGAGCAUUGCGUUAGUUUGAUGUAUUUAAUUCUACAUCACUCUUUAUCUAACAUUUUGUCAUUUCUCUUCAGUUUUUGUUGGAAUCGUCAUCAUUGAACAAUGGCAACCUCUGGUCAAUCUGGAAGAUGUUUGUGGGAAAUUUCAGAAUAGAGGUUUUGCUACUUAUGAGCUUGGAUUUAGAAACCAUGAUUUAUGGAUUGCGCUAUGGGUUGGGUGGACUGGAUCAAGACAUGGGUUGCAGGAUGGAUGGAGUGAAUCAGGAGAAGACAGGCGUCAAGCGUAAACAACCUGAUCAGCGCAACGGAGGGAGGGAUUUAGAUGAAGCCGAGGGUUGCAGGAUGGGUGGAGCGAAUCAGACGAACACAAGCGUCAAGAGAAAGCAACCUGAUCUGCGCUAUGGAUGUAAUGGUUCAGACGAAGAUGAGGUGUUACCGUGCGACUAUGCUUUCGGAUCAAUGCCUACUGAUGUCGCCAUUCUGAGCCACCCUACUUCGAUACCCUUCUAACUUUGCUGCUCUAAUCGAUUCGAAGUAUAAAAACCAAAACCUUUGCAGGGUGGCAUUUAUGGAUGGGCUGCAAUAGCAAUUGCAGUUAGAGACCUUUUGCAUGGUGGUAUUAUUUAUGGAUGGGUUGCAAUCGCAAUAUGACCUUUGCAUAAAAGGCCUAAUUUGUG